AGAAUUGAAACACUUUACACCAACGUCUGCCUAUCCAUUGGCUUCCCCAAAAGAAUUGGUUGGUUGAGGUUCUAAAAGAUGAAGCCGGCUGCAGCAGCUCUCAUACUUUGUGUUUUGUUGUUGGUGGUGGUGCAGCUGCAGCUGGGUUCUGGGCAGGAUGGUGAUGAACUAGAUAUUGAUGAGGUCUAUAUUGUCUACUUUGGGCAGCAUAGCGGGGAGAAAACACACUAUGAGAUAGAGGAUACCCAUCACUCUUAUCUCUUCUCUGUAAAAGACUCUGAAGAACAAGCCAGGGCUUCCCUUCUUUACAGUUACAAGCACACCAUCAAUGGAUUUGCAGCAUUGCUUACCCCCAACCAAGCCUCCACACUCUCCGAGUUGGAGGAAGUGGUGUCUGUGUUUCGAAGUUAUCCGAGAAAGCACACCAUGCACACAACAAGAUCCUGGGAAUUUGUAGGUUUAGAUAUUGAGGAGCUUGAUCAUGAUCAUCUCAUGAACAAGCCAAAUGCUACAAGUGAUAAUCAUGAUCUAUUAAUGAGAGCCAGAUAUGGAAACGGAGCCAUUGUUGGUCUCUUAGACAAUGGUGUAUGGCCCGAAUCCAAAAGCUUUAGUGAUCAACAAAUGGGACCCAUUCCUAACUCAUGGAAAGGGAUCUGCCAAACCGGCCAAGAUUUUGAGUCCUCACACUGCAACAAGAAGUUGAUUGGAGCAAGAUACUACCUUAAAGGGUACGAGCAACGCUACGGGCCUCUGAACACCACUAUAGACUACCGAUCCCCCCGAGACAAGGACGGGCACGGGACCCACACCGCAUCCACGGUUGGCGGCCAAAGGGUCGCUGAAGCCUCCGCACUAGGCGGCUUUGCGCUUGGAACUGCCUCCGGAGGGGCGCCGUUAGUUCACUUGGCCAUAUACAAGGUCUGUUGGGCGAUCCCUCAUCAGGGAAAGGAGGAAGGAAACACGUGUUUCGAGGAGGACAUGCUGGCUGCAAUCGACGAUGCCAUUGCAGACGGGGUCAAUGUCCUCAGCAUAUCUAUCGGGACAUCAAAGCCCACUUCUUACGAGCAUGAUGGAAUCGCCAUAGGUGCCCUGCAUGCAAUUAAGAACGACAUUGUGGUGGCGUGUAGUGCGGGAAACGAGGGCCCCACCUCUGGCACAUCCUCGAACAACGCACCGUGGAUCAUCACGGUUGGGGCGAGUAGUGUGGACAGGGCAUUCACCGCUCCUCUUACUCUCGGAAAUGGAAUCACACUUGAGGGACAAACAGUAACACCAUACAAAAUGGAGAAGAAAAUGUACCCUUUAGUAUAUGCAGCACAAGUGAGCUCCAACACUGUGCCUAAAAAUGCUACUACCGAUGGGCAAUGCUUACCCGGGUCUCUAGAACCAGAGAAAGUGAAAGGGAAGAUUGUGAUGUGCAUGAGGGGGCAAGGGACCAGAGUAGGAAAGGGCUAUGAGGUAAAAAGGGCUGGUGGCGUCGGCUUCAUAUUAGGGAACAGCCUAGCCAAUGGAGCCGAGUUAACAGUUGAUGCCCAUGUUCUUCCUGCAACAGCACUAGACUCAGAAAGUGCAAUUCAGAUACUCAAAUACAUCUAUGCCACUGAAAACCCAACUGCAUAUAUCGCACCAGCAAAAACUAUACUUAACCAUAAACCAGCCCCUUUCAUGGCUGCCUUCUCCAGCCGCGGUCCAAACCCAAUCACACCCGACAUUCUCAAACCUGACAUCACAGCUCCUGGUCUCAACAUCUUAGCAGCAUGGAGUGAGGUUUCAUCGCCCACAAAGCUGGAAGAUGAUGCAAGGAGGGUUAAAUAUAACAUUCUUUCUGGAACUUCCAUGUCUUGCCCUCAUGUUGCAGCAGCUGCUGCUCUUCUGAAAGUUAUACAUCCCACUUGGAGUAGUGCUUCCAUAAGAUCUGCCCUUAUAACUUCAGCUGGAUUGACAAACAACAAGGGCAUGUUCCUGACCGAUGCAUCUGGGCAUAAACCAGCUGACCCUUUCCAAUUUGGGUCGGGGCACUUCAGGCCGACAAAGGCAGCUGAUCCAGGGCUAGUUUAUGAUGCUUCCUAUACAGAUUACCUACUUUUCCUAUGUAGCAAUGGAUUGACAAAUAUUGAUCCUUCCUUCAAGUGUCCAGAACUAUCUCCAUCAUCAAACAACCUAAACUACCCAUCUAUUGCAAUCUCGAAGAUCAGUAAUAAUGAGACGGUGAUCAUAAACAGGACUGUCACUAACAUGGGAGAUGGAAAGAGCGUUUACUUGGCGAAAGUGAGGUCACCUGCAGGAUUCAGCGUGAAUGUUUCACCAUCGACGUUGUUCUUCGAAGGUAUUGGAGAGAAGAAGACCUUCACAGUAACAGUUAGACCACGACAAGGUGGAAGGAAAGUAGAUUACAACACACAGUAUUCUUUUGGAUGGCUCACUUGGAGUGACGGCGUCCACAUUGUUCGGAGUCCAAUUGCAGUGUCUUCGUCUUCGUCCGCUUAGUAUUUUCUCUUAUAAUCUAUUUGUUAAUUAGAUAUAUGAUCAAUGGUAUCAAGGAAAAAUUAAAUGUUUUCCUGGUCGUCUUGCUCUACAAACAUCAUAACUAUCCCAAUUCCAAAAUUAUGUAUGAAAUCGUAAUGGAAAAAGGUUAUCCAAGA